CCUCCCUCCCUUAGCAGUAGGCACUCUCUCUCUCUCUCUCUCUCUCUCUCUCUCUCUCUCUCUCUCUCUCUCCCUCCAUCAUUAUUUAUUUUUUGGCACUCUCAGGGAUCGAGUAAGCUAACCACAAACCCCGAGCUGGCAUGGGCCAAUGAUACUAUACUGGGUAGGUGUCUGCUUUUCACUGCACCACUCACUGGGUUUUGCAAAAAGCCCCAAGCACACAUAACCAAGCAAAUCCCCACACUCCCACCACACACCUUCAUUUUCCAUCUCUCCCAAUUUCACGAUGACCCAGAAAACCCCCAUGAAUGGGCACUAGAGGCCGGUCAAGGAGAUGGGUUCUACCUCGUCCACCUGCGAUUCCCUCAACGGUUUGAAGUUCGGUCAGAAAAUCUACUUUGAGGAUGUGGGUGUUGGAGCUCCGGCCAAAUCUGGUGGUGGGUCGUCGUUCGCCUCCGGCUCGGGCGGCCCCUCGGCUGCGGCGCCGGCGAAGAAGGUGAAAGGGGUUGUGCCGGGAGGCCUGCCUCAGCCGCCCAGGUGCCAGGUUGAAGGAUGCGAAGUAGAUCUGAGCGAUGCUAAGGCUUAUUAUUCAAGGCAUAAGGUUUGUGGGAUGCACUCCAAGUCCCCAAAAGUCAUUGUCGCCGGUAUUGAACAGAGGUUCUGCCAGCAGUGCAGCAGAUUUCAUCAGCUUCCUGAAUUUGACCAAGGAAAAAGAAGUUGCCGCCGGCGCCUGGCUGGCCAUAAUGAGCGUCGGAGGAAGCCACCACCUGGAUCUCUGUUCCCCUCGCGCUAUGGCCGAUUGCCUUCAUCCGCCUUCGAGAACGGUUGCAGAAGUGGUGGCUUUCUGGUGGACUUCUCUGCCCAGUCAAGGCUUCCUGGGAGAGACACUUGGCCAAGUGCUAGAUCAUCCGAGCGGCCACCAGGAAAUCAAGCUACUGCGGCAGAGAAGUAUCUUCUUCCUUAUCCAUGGCAAAGCAGCUCCGAAAAUGCUCCCUCUGAUCUGUUUAUGCACGGCUCAGCUAGUGGGACAAGGUAUCCCAGUCCUGGGAUUCCUCCAGGAGAAUGUUUCACAGGAGUCUCUGACUCGGGCUGUGCUCUCUCUCUUCUGUCAAAUCAACCAUGGGGUUCCAGAACUCAAGCUUUGGGUCUUGGGAUGAAUAGCUUCAUCGAUGCUGAAGGGAUCCCCACCUCCAUAGCUCAACCAACAGCUUCUCAUGCUGUGGUUGCGAAUCACCUUCCAAACACUGCUUGGGUGUUCAAGGGCAACGAAAUGCCCCCUGGACUGGGCGUGGGUCAUAUUUCACCGCCUAUUAACAAUGAGUUUUCUGGUGUGUUGGGUCGAGAAAGUGGGAGGCAUUACAUGGAACUCGAGCAUUCCAGGGCUUAUGACUCGACUCAGCAGAUGCACUGGUCGCUGUAGAUUCGUUCUUUUCCCUGAUGACUCGCAAUGGUUGUUGGUAGAUCAAGCCAAUGUUAUGCUUUUAAUAAUCCGACAUUUGAUCUAGAUUUUAGGAAGUGGUAAUAUUUUGCUCAAGAUGUCAGGACUUUGAAGUGGGAUCUUGACCUUGGCCUAGAACUAUUGCAAUUUUACCACCGUUUAUGUUAACUUUUUGAUGGUGGGAGGGUCUGAAUUAUCUUAAGUGCACUCUGGUUAUUAUUGAUUUCAGACCUGUUUCCAUCAUGGUCCUUGAAGAACUGAUGUUUCUAUUUUAGUCCCUCAUAGUCAUAUAUCUGUCUAAUUUGAGAGCAAUUUUCAACUUGGGAUCCAAA